AUGAAAUCGAGUGCCCUUUUUGGAUUGUUGACCUUUGCAGCGGCGAUCUCCGCUGAUGCAAAGGCUCAGCAACCCUCUUAUUCUUCAUCUUCCAUCACCAAUCUGAAAAGCAGGAUCAAGAAUGUUGUCAUCCUGGAAAUGGAAAACCGCUCUGUGGACAACCUACUCGGCGGCCAGACUCUCAAGGGACUGGAGAACCCUAUCAACAACGGCCCUUUCUGCAACCCGUACAACUUGACCGAUACUUCAGCUGGCGAGGUGUGCAGCUCUGCCAAGGACUUUGACUCUGUUCUGGAUGAUCCUGAUCACUCGGUGACUGGGAACAAUAUUGAGUUUUAUGGCACUUUCAUCCCAAGCAAUGACCACAUUGCUCAGGGAAUGCUCACUCCUACCCAGCAUGGCUUUGUGCAUGAGCAGUUACGCAGCUAUGGCGACGAUGCUGACAAGGCGUACCUGGCCAAGCAAGUCAUCAACUACUAUAUCGAGGACGAGGUGCCGGUAAUGACCACGCUGGUGCAGAACUACCUCACCUUCAACCACUGGCAUUCGGAUCACCCCGGUCCCACCAACCCUAACCGGGCCUUUGUACUCUCAGGCACAUCCGCUGGUCACGGUACCAACGAUGAGGCCUUCAACCCAGGCGUCCACGGCCUCACCCAACGUUCGAUCUUCCAGCAGCUUUCAGAAACCAACCAUACCUGGAAGAACUACUACACAAGCCCUAGUAUGGUCGAUGCCUACUUCUUCGACUGGACCUUCACGAGUGGGAACUCCGACAAAGCAGUCCCCCUGGAUAACUUUUAUGCCGAUGCGGCAGCCGGCACGCUCCCGGAAUUCUCUUUCGUUGACCCGUCCUGCUGCGGCGUGGGCACAAACUCCAUGCACCCAACCGGUCUCGUCUCUGAAGGCGAAGCCCUCAUCAAGAAUGUCUACGACGCGGUCCGCUCCAGCCCGCAGUGGGAAGAGACACUAUUCAUCCUCACCUUUGAUGAGACAGGAGGGUUCCACGACCACGUCCCACCCCCGCUGGCUACCCGCCCGGAUGACCUGACGUACACUGAGAUAGCACCCUCCGGCGAGGAGUAUACGUUCUCCUUCGACCGUCUCGGUGGCCGCGUCCCGACGCUCUUGAUCUCGCCGUGGGUUUCUAAGGGUCAGGUCGAACAGAAGGGCGUUAACUCGGAUGGCGAGGUCGUAUCUUACUCUGCUUCUUCGAUCCUGCGUACUCUAGGCUACCUCUGGGACUUUGAGCCUUUCACGCCUCGUGUUGGAUCCUCGCCUUCGUUCGAGCAUCUCAUUCAGGACACAGCACGAACCGAUACCCCUGUCAGAUUGCCUGUACCUAAGGCCUUUAGAAAGACGGAGAUCUAG